AUGACUACUGCCAAAUCUAUAAACAGAGAAUGGCUAUUUGAAGCUAAAAGAAGAAUAGAAGAAGGUGAAUAUUACAAAAGUGUGGGAAAGGAAGUUGAAUUGGAAAAUGGUAAAAUUAAAUUGAAUGUUGCCGAAAAUACAAUAAGAAGAGCAUUUCAACUUCAAGAAAUCGAAUUACCAAAAGUUAGUCGCGGCAGAAAACCAAAUCCACCAACAUUUGAACAAAAACAAUUAAUUAAUUCUUGUGUUUCACAAUAUAAAGGAGGAAUUUCAAAAACUUAUUUAUUGAUUAAAAGGUUUCAAAAUAUUGUUCAAAAUCCCGAUUGUGAGAAAGAAAAAGAAGAAAUUGCAAAAGAAUUUGAAAAUAUAGAAGAUUUGACAAAAGAUCAAAUUUUUGACAAUUUACAAAAAAUAAAGCCUCAUCAAGUGGAAAAAUUUAUGAUGGAAUCAGGUUUAUCUUCAAAAAGAGAUUACAAACCAGCAGAUCCACCUACCAAAUAUCGUGCCAUAUCAAAGAAUUUGAUAUGGCACUGCGAUAUUCAUUACCUUCACGGUAAUGUUUCUUUUCCAUUCUUUGCCAUAUUGAAUGAUAUGACACGUAAAGUUCUCAAAACUAAAUUAUUGAAAAACAAGUCUUCCAACUCAACAGCGAAUAUUUUAAGAAAACUUUUAGAGGAGUUUAUCCCUUACUGCAUCUGGACCGAUAACGGCGGUGAAAACCGCGGUGAAUUCGGCCAGGUUAUGCAGGAAAACGGAAUAGUUUGGAAGCACACCUUGCCGUAUAUGCCAAGACAGAACGGCAAGGUGGAGCGCCUGUGGCCAAGCUUAGAAAAGUUUUUGCCAGACGA